CGAUUCCGGCAAGCCUGGUGUUUCCUGAGGUUCACGGCUGCUGACUUCAGCCGGCAGGCACAGAAGUGCAUGUUACUGCCGCUGCUGCAAACUGGGUUUUUCCUCUUCCUGUAGUUUGUAGUUUAGAAGAACUGCACAUCGGGGACUCCUCCAGCUCCUCCAGACCCGGCCCCGUCCAGCUCUCUCUCAGGGUCCUGCAAGAACCUGUGAGAAGUGGGUCUUCGGCAGCUCUGUCUCCAGGCUGGUGUGUCCUGGCGCAGAGCUCCGGGAUGAAGUCUCCCUGGAAAAUCCUUAUGGCGGCUCCUGUGUUCUUUCUUCUGAACCUUCACACCUCAGCCUCCCCAGCCUAUGAUGACCACCCCAGCAGACAUUCCAAAAGCCAUGCCUGUAUAGGGUGUGUGCUGGUGGUAUCCGUGGUUGAACAGCUUGCUCAAGUUCACAACUCAACGGUCCAGACCUCGAUGGAGAGACUGUGCAGCUACUUGCCUGAAAAAUUGUUCUUGAAGACCACCUGCUAUUUAGUGGUACGCAUAUUUGGACCAGACAUCAUAAAACUGCUUAGCGCAGAUAUGAAUGCCGAUGUUGUGUGUCACACCCUGGAGUUUUGUAAACAGGACCCUGGCCAGCCGUUGUGUCACCUCUAUCCCCUUCCCAAGGAGCCAUGGAAAUUUACACUAGAGACAGCAAGACAGAUUGUCAAGAAAUCCCCAACUCUGACAUAUUCCCGAAGUCGUUCUGAUAUUUGUUCACUCCCGUUUUUGGCCAAGAUCUGUCAGAAGAUUAAAUCAGCUAUACAAAAUUCUGUGCCAUCCCAAGAUGUAGAUUCAGACAAAUACAGUGUUUUCCCAACACUGCGGGGCUAUCACUGGCGAGGGAGAGACUGUAAUGACAGAAACAAGACGGUGUACCCGGGUAGAAGGCCAGACAAUUGGGAUGCACAUCAGGAUUCCAACUGUAAUGGCAUUUGGGGUGUUGAUCCAAAAGAUGGAAUUCCAUAUGAGAAGAAAUUCUGUGAAGGUUCACAGCCCAGGGGAAUCAUUUUGCUGGGAGACUCGGCUGGGGCUCAUUUUCACAUCGCUCCCGAAUGGAUCACAGCUUCGCAGAUGUCUUUGAAAUCCUUCUUCAAUUUACCAACAGCUCUUACGGAUGAGCUCAACUGGCCCCAGCUCUCCGGUGCUACUGGAUUUCUGAACUCCACUCGUGGAAUUAAAGAAGACUCUAUUUACCUUCGUUUAUGGAAAAGAAACCACUGCAAUCACAGGGACUACCAGAAUAUUUCCAGAAAUGGGGCAUCAUCCCAAAACCUGAAGAGAUUCAUAGAAAGUUUGUCUAGGAACCAGCUGUUGGACCAGCCAGCCAUUGUCAUCUAUGCCAUGAUUGGAAACGAUGUCUGCAGUGGGAAUAGGGACCCAGUCCCAGAAAUGACCACUCCUGAGAAACUGUACUCCAGCGUCAUGCAGACUCUGCAGCAUCUAAACUCCCACCUGCCCAACGGCAGCCAUGUUAUUUUAUACGGUUUACCAGAUGGAACCUUUCUCUGGGAUAAUUUGCACAACAGAUAUCAUCCUCUCGGCCAGCUCAAUCAGGACGUGACCUACGCGCAUUUCUACUCCUUCCUCAACUGUCUCCAGGUCAGCCCCUGCCACGGCUGGAUGUCUUCCAACAAGACGCUCCGGACUCUCACUUCAGAGAGAGCAGAACAACUCUCCGUUACGCUGAAAAAAAUUGCAACCAGCAAGAAAUUUAUGAACUUCAAUCUUUUCUACAUGGAUUUUGACUUCCAAGAAAUCACGGAGGAGUGGCGGAAGAGAGGCGGGCAGCCCUGGCAGCUCAUCGAACCCGUUGAUGGAUUCCACCCCAAUGAGGUGGCUUUACAGCUGGUGGCAGAUCACUUCUGGAAAAAGGUGCAGCUCCAGUGGCCCCAGAUCCUGGGAAAGGAGAACCCGUUCAACCCGCAGAUUGAGCAGGUGUUCGGAGACCAAGGGGGGCACUGAGUCCCUCGGGGACACAUGCUCCCAGGGAGCUCAGGGAGACAGAAACUUGGGUAAAUGGAUCCAGCAAACGGGCUUGGGGCUGCUGAGUCACAAACUCACAGGAACCUCUUUAGCAGCAUCUUUGCAAAGUGCUUUUCUCUCAUUUAAGAGCUUAUCUAAAUGACGGUGUGACUGUGUGUGCUUCUGGGAUCAGCCCCCUCCAGCUGAACCUCAGAUAACCUUUAAUAGAGUGCUUUGAGUGCCAUUCCAAGCAGUAGGGUAUCUAUCUGUGCCUUUGAAUGACUAGUUGUUCCAAAAACAAAUAAGAAAUCUAGUGACAUUCAGCAACUUACCCAGGGUCUUGGCGUGCCAGGGAACUGGCCCUCCCUCUGUGGUUGACUUCUUAAAGAUGGCUCUUCCUCAGAAGACUGUUGACUGGCUGCCAAGGACUCUCACACCAGAACACAAAACUGUAAACACAAAAUUAGGUGCAAACUUGAAUAUUUAUUUAGAAUGAGAAAAGAAAUCACAACAGAUUACAGUUUGUAAAAGUUGACAAAUACCAUACACCCCACAAAGUCAAGGGAAAACAUGACAAUUUUUCUUUGUUUAAAAGAUGUCCUUGCAUUCUUUGGCUGCAUAAUCUGAUCGCCUCUUCCUAUAACAAUGAUUUUGUGAUAUCCCUGUCUAUAGUUAGAACAGAAAAAUAAAAUUUGUUGCUUGCUUUUGAUAGCUUAGAAGAGUUAGUUUCAGCUACAGAACUCAUUAUUGGUAAAGUCGUGUACAUUUUUAGGAUGGUUGGCAAACUAGGAAGACCUCUAUCAAAUUUCUUUUAUGUGGGACAUAUUAAAGACACACUCCCUAUUUGUGGUGCUGUUAAAGCGUUGCAUCCAUAUAAGCUCAGGAAUUCUGUUCAAUUCUACUGCACCAUAUUCUCACUGGUGUGUCACCCCCCGGCCCAUCUCUGAUCACAGCCAUGGGUAUGGGGGUCCGUCUCUGUGCUGCCAGCAUCCCAGCUCAAGCAGCCCCAUCUUUCUACACUCUGUCCUCAGGAGCUCGCCUGACACAGCCCCAGGGGUGGGACAGCUCCAGCCCGGGGUAGCAGGGGGCAAUAAAUACAGGCGCCAGCCUCUUCCUCUAGUGCUUAGUUUGGGAAAGUCUUCUGUGUGCUUCUAGGGGGUGUCAGCAGAAUCGGCCCCCUUCGCUCACAGGAGUGACUGCCUUAAAUGACUCUUCCUCCUUCCUUGUGUCACUCUUCUCACUUCCUUGUUCCCACUUUGGGGGCUGGUUUCCCAAAGAAACCACCUGCACCCAAAUCUCUGUCUCAAUAAAGACAAAAUUAUAAUGAC